GAUCUGGGAGGAAAGAUGGCGGCACCUGCUCUCUCCGCUCGCUCCGGCUCGGCAGGCAGCCUCGGGAACAGCCCCACCUCGGCCGCCGGGAGGCUGCCGCUCGGCCCCGGCCUCGGCCCCGGCCUCGGGCCCGAGCUGGACUUCAGGUCCGCGGCUCGGACCGACGAUCUGAACCGGCUCAUCGGGGAGUUCAGCAAGCACGACCAGCGGGAGUACGACGACCAGAGAGCGCUGGAGAUCCACACGGCCAAGGACUUCAUCUUCUCCAUGCUGGGAAUGGUUCAGAAGCUGGACCAGAAGCUCCCGGUGGCCAACGAGUACCUGCUCCUGUCGGGGGGGGUGCGGGAGGGCGUGGUGGACAUGGACCUGGACGAGCUGAGCGUCUACGCCCGCGGCACCGACUACGACAUGGACUUCACGCUGCUGGUCCCUGCGCUCAAACUCCACGACCGCAACCAGCCGGUGACCCUGGACAUGAGGCACUCGGCCCUGGGUCACUCCUGGCUCAGCCUCCGCCUCUUCGAUGAAGGAACCAUCAACAAGUGGAAGGACUGCUGCACCGUCGUGGACCACAUCAACGGGACCACCAACUACUUCUUCUCUCCGACUCUGGUCGCAGACUGGUUCUACCAGUCCAUCUCCCUGGUGCUGCUGGAGGUGCAGAAGAAGCCGCAGAGGGGAAUGCCACGAGUGGAGAAGGUGGAGCGGUACGGCACCAUCAUCUCCGUCAUCCUGGGCGUGGGCAGCAGCCGGAUGCUGUACGACAUCGUCCCGGUGGUGUCAUUCAAAGGCUGGCCGGCCGUGGCUCAGAGCUGGCUGAUGGAGAACCACUUCUGGGACGGGAAGAUCACGGAGGAGGAGGUGAUCAGUGGCUUCUACCUCGUCCCCGCCUGCUCCUACAAAGGCCGCAAAGAGAACGAGUGGCGCUUGUCGUUCGCCCGCAGCGAGGUGCAGCUGAAGAAGUGCAUCUCCUCCAGCCUGAUGCAGGCGUACCAGGCCUGCAAGGCCAUCAUCAUCAAGCUGCUGUCCCGCCCCAAGGCCAUCAGCCCCUACCACCUCCGCAGCAUCAUGCUGUGGGCCUGCGACCGCCUCCCCGCCAACUACCUGUCCCAGGACGACUUCUCCGCCCACUUCCUGCUCGGCCUGAUCGACGACCUGCAGCACUGCCUGGUCAACAAGAUGUGUCCCAACUACUUCAUCCCUCAGUGCAACAUGCUGGAGCAGCUGUCGGACGAGGCGGCCAUGCUGCACGCCCGCAAGCUGUCCUCCGUGCGCUCCGACCCGGCCGAGCACCUCCGCACCACCAUCGAGCACGCCAAGGCCGCCAACAGGCUGACGGUGGAACUGCAGUGGCGCGGCAGCUCCACCAACCUGCCGUCACCGCAGUCGGACGCGGGGGGGGAGAACCAGCCCGACGACCGCCUGGCCAAAAAGCUUCAGCAGCUCGUGACAGAGAAUCCUGGGAAAUCCAUCUCAGUCUUCAUCAACCCGGAUGAUGUCACACGGCCGCACUUCCGCAUCGAUGACAAAUUCUUCUGAGACUGAGAAAUGUUCUCCUUGGCCUGCUCCUCCUCUUCUUCCUCUUACACCUCCUCCUCCUCCUCUUCCUCUGCCUUCUCUCUGACCGCCUGGUGCCCCACCUCCUCUGACACUUAAUUUUUUACAUUUUGUUAUGUUUCUCUGCCACAGAGUGAAGUGAGGUGAUCGUCUCGUUGUGUCUGCCACAGUUUUAACUCUUAUUUUUCUACUCCCUCUCCCUGGUCCCUCCUCUUUCACUGUGUGCCCUGUGUUCCCUGAGCCUGCUCGAUGCCUUUCAGUAGAAUAGCAGCUGGUUGUUUUUAAAACUGAUGCACGAGGGGAAAAUCUGCCUUCAGAUGGAAUUCUUCUUCCUUUGUAGUUUAAUGUAUUUAUCAGGGAUCCUGGAGAAGAGACGGAACCACUUCCUCCUGAAAGAUCAAAGAGAGUCAGGUUCAUUCAUCAAUAACAUGAAAUAAUGAACGAAACACGAACAUCCUCCUUGAAUAUGAAGUAAUCACUGACCAGUCAUAACCACUGAAUUAACUAAAUCUCACUUUACACCUUUAUUCUCUGGAGGUUAAACUCAUGCAGGGGGGGGGGGGGGCGGGGGGGGACCGUCUCAGAUCAGCACUAACGAGGACUUUAGUCUGAAGGUGGAUUUUCUUCCUCUGAAUGUCUUAGUCCCGCUCGGGGGGGACGUCUUAGAAACUAACUGUAAAUAGAACUGAUGAGUCGACAGGAGGAUGACGAGGAGGAUGAAGAUGUGUCGACUCUUCUUUAUUUAACUUUGCACAGAAUGUAAAAAACACUUUUCCUCUUGAUAGUGAACGUUAUGUUCAUCCUGAUUCUAGAAUGAUGUUUCAUAUCAUUAGCAGGUGACACUUUACCGAAGAAUCGUCAUAUUUCUCACGUGUUAUUAACCAGAGGAACGUCAGCGAGUACACAGUGAUGCAUGAUAAAACACAAGAUGAGCAAAUUCAGAAAACAUCAGGAAUUAGAAAACAAGAGCUGCAAACACACAACUCGACAAACAGACUGACAGUAUUUGUGUGUUUGUGUUGAAGUUGCUAUCAGCCGUUGAAUCAAAGGUUUUACAAACGUGUGAAGCAUCGUAUGCUUUGGGGGCGUGGCUACCACAGUGUGAUUGGCAGCUAGUACUGUCCAAUGGGUGCAGGGGGGCGUGCGGUCUGCUCGAGCUGUGUACUUCCUGUUGACCUCUCAGGUUAAUCUGCUGCAUCAUGACCUUCGUUCGGCGGCGUGUCACAGAAUGUCUCUGUGUGACAUCACUGACAUCUUGUUCCUCUCACUUUGUUUCCAUCAGACGUGGUCGCACAUUUCAAAAUGCUUCACUGCUUCUGAACAACCUGUGACUCCUGCUUCAUGUGUUGAGGAUCAUUCAACGAGCUCAGGAGACCACGACUCCACGUUCAAACAUCUGAACGCUCAGGUUGGGACCGGCCACCGGUUACACCUCCUGACCCUGUAGCCGGUGGCAGUGGUUUCAGUGCAGAUUGAACCAGUUGUAGAUUCAUCACAUGGACGUGGUCGACUGAGACUCGUCGGUAGAUUUGACUCCAGAAGCUUUGAUGAAGAGCACGAGACUGAAUCCUUAACUUUCCUCUGCGUUUCUAAAAAGCAGCAACAUGAAACCUGGAAACAGACGGAAGCUCCACAGACAUUCAGUCUCUGAGAAUCUUCUGGUUACAGGUCGUUAGAGUUUUUAAAUAAUAAUGUUUUUAACACAGAAGUAACCUGAGCAUCAUGGGAGAUGUAGUUCCUGAGCUUGUUGUGUUGAAGAUGAGUCCGUCCCAAUUUUUGUUGUGUUUCAAACAUUUCCAGACCGGCAUGUGAUCUCAUCUCCUCAUCCUCAAGUGCAAUUAGUGAAAUACAUACACAGCAAGUACACACACACACACACACACACACACGUAGCAAAAAAAGACACAAAAGAAAGUACUACUGGUUUUAGCAGUGUAACUCACAGGUCACUGAACUCACACCAUCAAGGUGCCACUUUCCUGCUCACUGGAAACCUGAUCUUCUUCUGAGCGUCGUGACCUUUGACCUUACCCUCUGUUCAGAACCUUUCAACUGUGACUUCUUAUUUGUGUCUUGCUGCUCUGCUUUGUUCUGAGGAUGGAUUUCUUUAUGCAACGUGGACCCCCCCCCCCCACGUCCGUUUAAACAGUCACUGAGGACGAGCUGAAACUUGACAUUCCUUUUCAAUGAAGUACCUUUCACUGUCACAAGGGGGCACCAGUGAGAACCCGUGUGUACGAUGUAAAGAAUGUGAUUCCGAUCUGAACGGCUUCUGUUUGUAGAGAUUUGAUUUGAUCUCCUGUAUCGUGGAACCACUGUUGUAAAUAGCACUUGAUAAAAUAAGUUUAAACUCCA